AUGAGCCAGGGAGGCCGAGACGACGGGGUGAGCCCCGGCAACGUCCCGGUGUGCUACUACGGCGCGGGUGGGCGCGUGUCGGCCUCCAUGGAGCGGCGGGUGCGCGCCGCCGAGGUGUUCCUGCGGUGGGCCGCCUGCGGGCUCGCCGUGCUCGCCGCCGCCCUGCUCGGCGCCGACCGCCAGUCACGCACCUUCUUCUCCAUCCACAAGGUCGCCCGGUACACCGACAUGCAGUCCCUCGUGAUUUUGGUGAUAGCGAGUGGAAUGGUUGCUUGUUACAGCCUGCUACAAGGUGCGAGGUGCCUGGUGAGCGUUGUGAGAGGUGGCAUCCUUCUCAGCAGGCCCUUGGCAUGGGCUAUCUUCUCCUGUGAUCAGGUUAUGGCGUACAUCAUAAUCGGAGCGGUGGCGGUGGCGAUGGAGGCGGCGCUGAUAGGCAAGUAUGGGCAAGCGGAGUUCCAGUGGAUGAAGACGUGCCACCUGUACCAGCGGUUCUGCACGCAGGCGGGGGGAGCCGUCGCCUGCGCCAUCGCCGCCAGCGCCAACAUGGUCGGGAUCUCCCUCCUCUCCGCCUUCAACCUCUUCCGCCUCUACGGCCAUGGCAAAGGCGGCAGCAAAUGAUCCAGGCCUUGGCCAGGCUGCUUUUAGGGUUUAUCACCGUCCCAAAUCAAGGAAGAGAACCGAACCGUACGUAGCUUGCCCUUUUCCGGUUUUAGUUUGUUGGCGUUGACAUGUUUGUCAGUGUUUAGCCUUAAAAAGCCUCUGGGACACGAGACUGGUUUCUCUGUAUAUGAUGUGAAGUGAUCGUUAAAGGUGUUUGUAGUAA